GAAAAUCAGAUAAGAAAUAAAGGAAUAAACCAACCUGAACUACCGAUAAUGACUUCAUGUUACGUCUUCGCUGUGAAUCAUAUCUGUGGACUCUUGUCAGUUCCUAACUGAUUUUCGGUUCAAAAGCACGCGAUAAUAUAUUCAAGAUACAACGGAAUUCAUGUCAAGGUAACGGGACAUACAAAAUCGCGAAUCAUCUCCAUGCUUUCUAUAUUCAGUGUAAUAAAUUUUUAUAAAUAUGGGUCCCAAUUUUUUGAUAAUUGCUAUUCUUGUGGCCUUUGUAUUUGCAAAUGAAGAAUCAUUUCGUUCCUUGAAAGGGGCGCAAGAGAUUUCGAUUACAUGUGAAACUGAGAAACAACUAGAUUUCGUCCUUCGAUUCGAGGAUAACAAUCACUUUGAUUUUCUAAAAGUUUCUCAUGUCCCACCGGAAAAUGUCCAAGUUUUAGUGACAGAAAAUCAACUUUUGAAUUUUAAAAUGCAACUGGACCAAAAUGGCAUAAAAUACAAAGUUCUUGUAGACGAUUUUCAAAAAGUAAUUGAUGAAGAAUCAAAAGCCCAAAGACGAGCGCUAAUGUUGGCAAAUCGCUCUCAUCAAGGAGAUGAAAAUGAUACAUACGAUUUUGAUCACUUCCCACGUCACAAUGCGAUAAAUGAUUAUAUGGAACAAAUGACAAAAAAAUAUGAAGAUGUCACUCUAUUUUCCAUUGGUUAUUCCUAUGACGGCCGUUCUAUUAACGGUGUGAAAAUUUCAAGUGGAGGAAAUAAAACGAAACCUGCUAUUUUAAUUGACGGUGGAAUUCACGCUCGUGAGUGGAUCUCUCCUGUUACAGCCCUUCAUACAAUUUCUGAACUUGUAAAUGAAAAAAACAAAGAGUUGUAUAAAAAUGUCGAUUGGUACAUUAUUCCGGUGCUGAAUCCAGAUGGUUACGAAUUCACGCACGGCAAGGAUCGCCUUUGGAGGAAAAAUCGGUCUAAAAUUGGACAUCGACAAUGCAGAGGUGUUGAUUUAAAUAGAAACUUUGGCUACAAAUGGAAACUGUCGGGACGAUCAAGACAUCCUUGCCAUAUAACUUACGCUGGAAAGGCCCCAUUUUCAGAAUUGGAAAGUCAACAUUUGCGUGAUUUUUUCCUUUCCAAAAAUGGCACUAUCAAGAUUUAUUUAACUUUACACUCGUUUGGAAAGUAUUUGUUGUAUCCAUGGGGAUACACACCAGCUGAAGUUCCCGAAAACGAAGAUGUAUUAUUAAAGUUAGGAGUAAUAGCUGCAGUUAAACUAAAAGCUCUUUAUGGUACUGAGUAUAAAAUUGGAAGUGCUGCACGGAUAUUAUAUCCAGCAGCUGGCGGAAGUGAUGAUUGGGCAAAGGCAAUUGGUAAAGCAGACAUUGCAUUCACUAUAGAAUUACCAGGCACUUCUUUCGUUAUAGAUCCUUCAUUAAUAAAGCCUAUUGGUCUGGAAACCUUUGAAGCUUUUAGAGUUUUUGGCGUAUAUGCGGAAAUUGUUUAUAAAGAUUUAUAAAUCUGUGAAAUUAUUAUUAAAUAAAAAAUUUAAGUAUGAAGUGCAAUGCAAAAUAUAAAAGGAAACAUUGUUAUAUAAAUUUCAUUUUUGGAAAGUGAUACUUCAGUAUAUUUCAAGAUAAUUCAUGAUUCGGAGACUUUACACUAUCACAUCAAAAUGAUAUUUUUUUCAUUAGUUUAAAGGAUUUUUUAUAAUGAAGUUUUUUAUUAUUUCGUAACAUUUCGCUAGUUUACAAAAUUUUGGAUCAUUUUGCAGUUUGUUAAGUGUUCCGAUUAAAUUUGUACCCCGGGAUUAAAUCGCUUUUUAAAAUUUUAUUGUAGGAAGAAUAGAAAAAGAAAAGGAAAGUCCAUAAAUAAUAAAAACUAAAAAGGUAAUCUGAAC